UCCACACUUGCUGAUUGUAACUGCCACGGCGAUGGCUUCCGCCGGAAGCUCCUCAGGGCCCGUCAUGGUGCAGGAAAUGGUUCCUGCUCCUAUCAUUGAUUUGACAGCCGAGCCACUGGGUGAAGGCGCGUAUGAUGCAACUAGGACGAGCAACGCGUCUGCCCCUAAGAAAGAAGCGGAGGAAGAAGAGUGGGAGUCGGUCUCGCUUUAUGAAGAGAUACUCGACGAAGUUGAGGCGUUUGAGUAUUCGGCCGAUGGAGGAGAUGUCUGUACCGUCGAUGAAGCCCGCACGUACAAGAAUCGCCUCCACGAGGUCGGCACCAGCCAAUUUAUCCUCGAGACUAUCACUACCGGCAAGGUUACAGCCCGCAAGCUCUGCACCGCCUUCGGGGUGCGUAUACCCAAGUUUCUGGAGAAUCUGCAUGACGAGGCAUAUUACCAGUUGCUAGGGCUGGCUAUAAAUCGGGAGUUGAACAAGCGUCGCCGGCUGGAACGGUACAAUACAAUCGACGACGCGGCGCGACUGCUGCAGGAGCGUAAGAAUAUUAUGGUCAUAACGGGCGCGGGCAUCUCCACAAGCCUUGGCAUCCCGGAUUUUCGGUCCAAGAACACUGGUUUCUAUUCUAGGCUGCAGGAGAUGGGUUACUCGGAGCCAGAACAGGUCUUCGAUAUCGGCAACUUUGACGAGGAUCCAAAGACUUUCUACACACUGGCUGGUGACAUUCUCCCGGAUCUAAAAAAGUGGACCCCAACGCAUGAAUUUAUUCGGCUCCUCCAGGACAAAGGCAAGCUGCUCACCAAUUACACCCAAAACAUCGACAACGUGGAAUCACAUGCGGGAAUCCGGGCAGAAAAACUGAUCCAAUGUCAUGGCUCUUGGGCCACCGCAACGUGUCGCAAAUGCAAGUACAGGAUCCCCGGCGAAGACAUAUUCGACGAUAUCCGCGCGCAUAAACCCGCUGAGUGCGCUCGUUGUGUUCAAGAGAUUGCCACUCAUAAGCCCGGUAUGAAGCGAAAGCGGAGUUCUAAUGGACACAAGAAGCGACGUGGUCCUGGCGAUGAUGAUUCUGAUUCCGACGGAGCGUAUGACAUUCCACAGCCUGGAAUUAUGAAGCCUGACAUCACAUUCUUCGGUGAAGCACUUCCAGCAAAUUUCUUCGACAGGCUCAAGACCCAAGAUAAAGACAAAGUCGAUCUUGUCAUUGUUAUGGGUACCAGCAUGAAAGUUGCCCCUGUUUCUGAGAUUCCUAACUUCUUGCCGCGGGACGUGCCCCAGAUUUACAUAUCUCGUGAUCCAAUCCACCACAUUAACUUUGACAUCAACCUCCUCGGUGAUUGCGACGCAGUCGUUGCCGAGCUCGCUCGUCGCGCUGGCUGGGAUCUUACCCACAAAAUGCUUCCUGCGGGCCAAGUCGCGGUCGUCGAAGCCGUCGAAGACCUCGAGGCUACAUAUAGCGUGAAAGUCGGGGGUUCGGCGCUAAAGACAGAAGCAAAGCCGGAACCCACAGAGUCCAAAGUCUAAACUUCAGCAUGUAUAUCAAUGGCGUUAUUGACAGGCAUUUCAUGGCGGUUCGGUGCAGUGUUCAUUCGAGGUCCGGUCCUCUGCAUUUUGCUCUUUGUCUAUCGGGCUGGAUUGCGAGGAAUCGAUUAAUGAUGAGGCUAGCCGGGCGGAUUCUGGAGUUCAAUGUGGCGUUCAGAGUAGGAUGCAUGGGAGCAAUUAUGAAUGAUGGGCUUCCCUUUCAUUGUGGAUAGAUUUCCUUCGGGUGAGGGGUGGGGAGAGUUCUCUUUGUGUAUUCCCCCUCAAUCUAGGUAUGAAUAGAUAUAGUGAUUGCUGAAUUUGGCUCCGCAAACUACAGCAUGUUAUCCCUUUCAAUAGAAAACAAU